AUGUACUUCUUAUUAUUAACACUAGUCGCACCCUCUUUCGAAAUCCAUCUACAACCACCUUCAAAUACCAUAAAAGUGGURUCAAACAUUCUCCAACAAUUCCCAGACUAUGAUUUAAUUCUCCAUUUCGAUAACACAACAACAACAUUCCUCGAUUCAAACUUCUCUCAAAAUCAAGCACUUUAUUUAAUAAAUUACGACCUAAUCAGUUACAAAAAACUCCUCAACAGGCCUAAAGGCUACAAAUACAUAAAUCUGGUACUUUUAUUAAACUUUCACGAUUUUAAGUCAUACUCCACUAAAGUCUACAAUUUCCAUCAAUACGACGUCGUUAUUUUCAUCACCAAUGAAAUUCAAGGGGACCAAAUCUGGAGAAUAUCGGGGCUGGAACGCGCAGCUGCUAUCCUUAUCUAUACCUCAACCGGACGCAUUUUCCACUGUUGUUAUUACUGUGGUAAUAAAACUGCUAUUCUUAAGGAAACCAAAACUCAAAAUUUGCAACAACUUUUGAACAAUUAUUCCAAUUUUAAUGGACACGUCUUCAAAAUCGCUUAUGCCAACUAUCGCCCAUUUUUUUGGGUCAUAAAUGGGAGACYCCAAGGGGCGGAAGGUCGACUUUUGURUGAGUUUAGUCGACUUCACAAUUUCAAGUACCAGUUGGUGGAGUAUCAAAGUCGGCCUGGAAAAGGGGCUUGGCAGGCSAUGGUGGAGGCAGUUGAGGCCAAUCGAGUGGAUUGGGCCCUUGGGGGGCUAUCUAUAACUCUAGAACGGCAAAAAUUCACCGAUUUUACCAGAUUUAUCAAAACSCAAGGAUUCGCAAUUCUUUACACAGUCUACCACAAUAAAUGGACCGCGUUUGAGAAUUUUUUACUAGUGUUUGGGUGGGUSGUUUGGGUGGUUAUUUUCACCCUCACUGUCGUGAUUUGCCUUGUUGCAAAAGUGGCAAACGCGAAAGUAAAUUUUUGGGAAUAUGUCCGAAUUGUUUUGAUGUCGAUUGUGGAGCAAACAGUUGGGAAACAAAUCAAAUUUUUCAAAUUGCCAUCGAGAAUUUUGUUUCUCAUUUGGUGGUUAAGUGCUCUGUGUUUGACUUCGAUUUAUAAAAGUCAAUUAGCGUCGUGUUUAAUUAAACCCAGCUAUAACCAACCCAACCGAAUUGAUGAUUUGGUCAAAAUGGAUUUUUUGUUUCAAGUCAGUAGAGAGGAUUGGAGUGUUUUGAGGGAAAAUCUUGAGACCUCCUCCGAUAAAAUUUACAAAAAAUUGUUAAAGAGCAUAAGGGAUGACUUGGGGUUUUGCGACGCGGUUCUUGCUUUAGAUACCGAUAAAAUUGCACUAAUUAAUGAGGAAACUACGCUGCAGUAUGCGAUAUUCAAACGUUGCAAAACAGUAAAUUGGGAUUACCGCAGCAAGUUGCGUCUUGUGAACGAGAAUUUGUUUCCCAGCACUUACCACGCUUGGUCCAUGCGAAUGGGGACCCCUUUUCGCUUAAAAUUUUCCGAAACCAUUGGAAAAAUGGACGAUCAUGGUUUAAUCGACCACUGGUACAAAUCAGCAUCAUUUUAUCACAUUCCACGAAGCAAUUCUGUGUUUCAAGAACGAAAAGCCCUCGCGUUAACUCUGACACACUUUCUGCCACCUUUGUUAACUCUAGUGCUCGGUUUAAGCACCUCGUUUGUGGUUUUCUUAAUUGAAGUUUAUGGGGGUGGUAUUGGGCCGAUUUUGGGCCCGUUUAAUUGA